CAAUCACCAACUAAAUCCUCUUAAAUUUGAACAUAUGUCAAAGAUCCCAUAAGAUCAAAUUUGUGGGUUUUCUCUAGAUUCGUCCAUAUUUCUUAACACAAUCAACAAUCUUUAACCAUUGUGGUCGAUGCCAUUUGAAGUGGGAUUAAACAAAAUCGGAUAAAGGUACAAUCUUUAAUGCACAAUAUACAAAUUCCAAAAGGGUCAUCAUGACAAAUUUAACAAAGCACUCGCCAGUGACCUUUUCCAAAUAAAUGUUCCCUGUUCCACCAUUCUUUGUAACAGUAUAUAGGAAUAUUAAGAGGGGGCUACAGAGAGAUGCCAAAGUAGAUUUUCUUUUUCGCCAUCAAAAAACCCCACAUCAACACACAGUUUAUUUUCAAUUUCAUGUAAACAAAUUAAAGCUUCAAUUUUCAUGUCUAUGUCCAUUGAAGAACAUGAUUAUAUAGGGUUGUCAGAGGCAAACAUGGAGAAAAAAGCCUGUGAUAUAACCGAUAAUAAAGAUUUGAAUUUAAAGGCCACUGAAUUGAGACUUGGGUUGCCUGGUUCGGAGUCGCCGGAAAGAGAGGCUGUUAACGGUGGUCCAAUCAAGAAUUUGGUGGCCGGAGCUAAAAGGGGUUUCUCCGAUACCAUUAAUGGUGGUUCGGGGAAAUGGGUUUUCGCUGGUAAGGGUGGAUCUGAGGUUGAUUUGGUUAAAAAUGGCGGAUUUUUUUCAUGUUCGAAAGUUGAAAACAAGAACUCCGGUUGUGUAAAAGAGACUGCUGUUUUGGCUUCUCCGAAGCCUGUUUUACUUGAAAACAAGUCUCAAGUUUCUGUAAAUGCAAAUGUUCCUGCUCCAAAGCAACAAGUUGUAGGAUGGCCUCCAAUUAGAUCCUUUCGUAAGAACACCAUGGCUGUUAGCCAAACGAAGAAUCAAGAAGAUAAGGAUCCAAAAAUGGGUUCGGGUUGUCUUUAUGUGAAGGUGAGCAUGGAUGGAGCUCCAUAUUUGAGGAAAGUGGAUCUCCAGAUGUACUCUAGCUACUUGGAUCUUUCUUCGGCUCUUGAAAAAAUGUUUAGCUGCUUUACAAUUGGUCAAUAUGGUAGCCAUGGAGCCCACACAAGAGACGGAUUAAGUGAGAGUCGACUAAUGGACCUACUUCAUGGUUCUGAGUAUGUACUGACCUAUGAAGAUAAAGAUGGCGAUUGGAUGCUCGUAGGUGAUGUUCCAUGGGAUAUGUUCAUUGGCUCUUGUAAGAGGAUGAGGAUCAUGAAAAGUUCAGAUGCAAUUGGCUUAGCCCCUCGAGCGAUGGAAAAGUGCCGAAACCGAACUUAGAACAAUAACGACCAAAAUUAUGUUUGUGUAAAGAUCAAUUCUCUUGGAAGAAUUCCAAUGGGGUCUUGCUCUAGAAAGGCUGGAAACAAAGCUUUAAUUUGGAUUCUAAAGUCUUCAAAUUGUAUUAUAUUAAUACUUGUGUUGAGUGUAACUAGAAUAGUAAUGCCAUUUAGGCAAAAGACAUGUAUUACAUCUAUGACUUCUACAAAUACUUGCUAUGUUUCUUAAUUUUAAUAUAUGUUGAAAAGGGUAAGCCUCGAAUAUGUAUUUUAUGAUAUUUGUAUCCAUAAUAUGAAGAUUUUAGUUUAGGUGAAGUAAAGUUGAUAUAGGAGGAUUAAAUAUUGUAAAAGUCUGGGGUAGAGCUACAAUAAGUGGAAGUACAAGUGUAUGGACUUUGCGAGUAUGUUGUAGAAGUGCAAGGGCUUGGGGAAAUCUUUUGGGUGUUGUCAUGGCAGUUGAAGUUAGUUAGAAUUGUAAAAUAAGGUGCUGUAAAGUAAAGAUAUGAAAAUGUAAGUAAUAUAUAUUAUAUAAUAAGUAGAACUACACAUUAUAUUAAUGAUCUUAAACUUAAUUGAUGUG